CUAGCCUACAACAACCUCCGCGGCCUCACUCAUUCCUGCUUUCCUAAACAUUGUAACCUUUAAACAGCAUCAGAGUGUUGGUGAGGCUCAACAUGAAGGUAAUGAAGAGUGUUGUGGUGACCGCAGCAGUGAUGGCUGUGGUGAUGAUGGUGAGGGCGAACGCCGUCCCCAGAAGAGACAAUAGGGGUGGUGGACCCCCAUGUAACAACGACGAUGGACUCUCAACUCUCACCAACCUCACUCAGGAGCUGUGCACUGCAACCAACACGACCCAGUGUCAAGAUAACAAGAUGAACUGCAUAAAACAGCUCAGACCAGAGAGGAUCCAAAAUUCGACCUUCGAGACCCAGUUCGUGACCAACAUCACAGCCUGUGCCCAGCAGCUUGGCUACAACAUCACUAUCCCUAAAAUCCUUCCUAGGCCUCACAGCUUCGAGGAUCAUGGUUCUGGGGAGUUUGGUAAUGCAAAGUGUCAUCAAGGUCCUGAGAAGUUUUUCCGAGACGUUGGGUUAAGCCAGACCCAGUUACUGCCCAUGUUACGCUGUUUCAUGACCAAAAACGGAGAUAUUGAUAAAUUCGAGGCGUGCAUCAACCAAUAGAAACACAGGAAAACAUAACAGAUCAAGCUGACCUGCUUACAAACCAGCCUCAAGAAUUACAAAUAAGUUUCCGUUUAUGAAUUAGAUGGAAAGCUUUCGAGGGCUCACUAGGAGAACCCCAGGCGCUCUACCCGAAAACUCUUCUCUCCCUCCCUCACUCUAUACUUUCAAAAGAAAUAUAAAUCCAGGGGCCAGAUUCACGAAGCAGUUACGCAAGUACUUAUGAACCUGUACAUCUUUC